AGUACUGCACUCACAGCACAGCGUAGAAAAUUGAAAUGGUUAGUGUGGUUUUGAUUUGCAUACAGGAAAUAUUUGUGAAUUGUAAUUUUUUUUAUCUAGCCAUAUCUUUAAAACGUCUUGCUAAUUCUGUAAUUUACUUGUAAAUCAUUGUAUACUUAGGUUGGAAGAUCCUGUGAUUUUUAAAAAAAACUUAUCUGCUUCAGAUAUGUUUAAAAUGACGCCUACACUGAUGAGCUGCACAUCAUGGAUCAAGGUGGGGGAGGCCUUGAGCUUCAAUCACAGGAUUCAAAAAUCUCACAUGCUAUGAUUAUGCAGGACUUUGUGACGGGGAUGGCUGGUGCAGCUCACAUCGAUGGUGAUCACAUUAUUGUAACCGUGCCUGAAGCAGUGCUGGUCUCUGAUGUUGCUGGGGAAGAUGUUACACUGGAACAUGAGCUAACGACUAAUGUUCAUGAAGUUGUUCAGGGUCCAGAUAUCAUAACUGAAAGUGAUGUUGUUACAGAAGCGGUGAUUGUUUCUGAUUCAGUAUUAGAGACUGAUGUUGCCAUUGAAGAAGACUUGGACACUACUUCAGUUCCUGACCAAGUUCUGGCUUCAGAUCUUAUAACCGAGACAGUUGGAGUUCCAGAUCAAGUGCUGGUAUCAGACCUUGUUUCCGUGCAGGAUGAGGAACAGUUUGAACAUGUGGUUCAGGAUUCGGUUGCAAAUGUUCUUUCACCAGGGAUGGUAUCGGAGGAAGUUAUGGAAGCAGAUGCUGUGUCAGAGACUGUAAUCCAAACUCACGAUUUAAUUCAAAGUCAAGAGACUGUUUCUUGUCCAGCUAUGACAAUUGCAACUCAUAUAGAUGGAAAAGAUACAUCUGAAGAUUACUUAAUGAUAUCCUUGGAUGAUGUUGGAGAGAAGUUGGACCACAUGGGAAACACACCAAUUAAAAUAAGCACUGACGUUGAGCAAGAUGAUUCCUCAAAAGAUGAUGGGUAUGGACCUGAGGUCAUCAAAGUGUACAUUUUUAAAGCAGAACCAGAAGAUGAUGUGGAAAUAGGUGAAACAGAAGUUAUCACUGAAAGUGAUUAUCAAAAUGGUCAUGCUAUAGCUGGAGUACUUGACCAAGGGAAUGUUGGUAGAGUAACUCGGGAAAAGAUGGUUUACAUGGCAGUGAAAGAUCCAUCCCAAGAAGAUGACAUCAACUGUGCUGAUAUUGCCGACGAGGUUUACAUGGAGGUCAUCGUAGGAGAUGAAGAAGCAACAACUGUUCAUGAGACACAGAUUGAGGAUUCUGGCAUCAGUAAAGCCUUUGUACCAGUUGCAUGGGCUGCUGCAUACGGUAAUAAUUUUGAGGCAAAGAGAGAAAAUAAGAAUGGUACAUCGAGUCAGUUCCUACAAAUAAGUGACAGCACAAGUACUGCCAGAGUGUUAAAGCAAAAGGGCAGGAAGAAGAGGAGAAACGAAAGCAGGCAGUGGCAUACAGCUGUCAUCAUAGGGCCCGAUGGACAGCCUAUAACUGUUUACCCCUGUCACAUCUGUGGGAAAAAGUUCAAAUCCAGGGGCUUCUUAAAAAGACAUAUGAAAAACCAUCCUGAGCAGACCACCAAGAAGAAAUACCAGUGCACAGACUGUGACUACACAACAAACAAAAAAGCAAGCUUCCACAAUCACCUCGAGAGUCACAAGCUAAUGAACAAGGGAGAGAAGACAUUUGAGUAUAAUGACGUUGGAAAAAGAUUUACUCAGACGGGAGCACUGUCUCCUCAUAAACUAGUCAAUAGGGACAAAGACACCAAAAUGCACAAGUGUAAGUUUUGUGAUUAUGAGACAGCUGAACAGGGGCUUCUCAAUCGCCAUCUGUUGGCAGUGCACAGCAAGAAUUUCCCACACAUCUGCGUGGAGUGUGGGAAGGGAUUCCGUCAUCCUUCAGAACUUAAGAAACAUAUGCGGACUCACACAGGAGAGAAGCCAUACCACUGCCAGUACUGCGACUACAGGUCUGCUGACGCUUCUAACCUGAAGACCCAUGUGAAAACCAAGCACAGUGAUGAGUUGCCAUACAAAUGUGACCACUGCCCUCAAACAUUUUUGGAUGAUAAGGAUCUGCAAAAGCACGCCACUUUAUUUCAGGCACAUAGGACCCACCAGUGCCCACAUUGUGACCACAGAAGCUCCAACUCCAGUGACCUUAAACGUCAUAUAAUAUCUGUGCACACCAAGGAAUUCCCACAUAAAUGUGAGGUGUGCGAUAAGGGAUUUCACCGCCCAUCAGAGCUGAAGAAACACAUGUCAACUCACAAAGGUAAAAAGCUUCAUCAGUGCAGGCACUGUGAUUUCAAAAUUGCAGAUCCUUUUAUACUUAGUCGGCAUAUUCUUUCAGUCCACACCAAGGACCUUCCUUUCAAAUGUAAAAGGUGCAAGAGAGAGUUUCGACAGCAGAGUGAUCUUAAGAAGCAUAUGAAGACACACAGUGGAAAGAAAGUUUAUCAGUGUGAAUAUUGUGAGUAUAGCACGACAGAUGCUUCAGGCUUCAAGCGCCAUGUAAUAUCCAUUCAUACAAAAGACUACCCUCACAGAUGUGAGUUUUGCAAGAAAGGCUUCCGUAGGCCAUCAGAGAAAAACCAGCACAUAAUGCGGCAUCAUAAAGAGGCUAUCAUGUGAUGUAAUGUGGAGGCAGAAAAUGUUUUACACGUAAAGACUUCAUUAAUAACUGUCGGUUAAUUGGCAUGGCUCGUGAACUGUUUCUCCUGGUCUCAACUUGAGUGUUGUUUCUCGACCUACCUUUCAUUCUUUGUAUUAUAAGUUUUAGAAGGUAUGAGAGUUGGGGAGGGGGUUCAGUUGUACAAUGUUUUGAUUUCUAUAUACAAUCUGAAUAGUAGGUGUUCUGAGGUUGCCGUAAUUGUGAAGCCAUUCAGUGAGUUUUCUGUUCUUUAACAAUUUCAGGUAACUCGAGUUUAAUUCACAUGCAGUUGCAAAAUAUUGUAUUCUACAGCUAUGCUAUGAAACUCACAAUUAAACCCUUUAAAAUUAUUUUCAUUUUACUGUUAGACCUAAUAAGUAUUCCAUUUACAGGAACAGACAUUGGAAGCAUCUAUUUUUAACUUUUUAAUCAAAAAUAAACCCCAAUAGUGAUUUGUGACAAUUAGUCUAGCAGGUACAGAUCACCGUUCCAAAAGCCUUCAUAAAAAGACUAGUUUAAUAGGUGCGAUAAAAGUUUUUUUGUUCACUCCUUACAAUUGCUGCAGUUCAUUACAUCCUUGUAUUUUAAUACCACAGCAAGUGUACGCAGCCAGUGUGGAUUGGUGCCAUACUGUUGAGAGUCGGACUACUUUUUAUUACAGGGUAUGUGUGGUGAUUACAUGCAAUCCCUUGCAAAUACUUUGGAUCUUAUAAGUUAUAUAACAUGGAAGUGCUUUAUGAAUCAAAACAAGCUGGUUCAGAGCUAUUUAAUGGAUAUAGAUCUUGUUUUGAAAUGUUAUGCAUAUGACGUAUAGGAAGUGGUAUGAUGGAAAUAGUUUUUUAGCUGUUUACUGCUCACACAUCAAAUGGUUGUUCACUUUGUGAAUUUUUAACUUUAUUCAUUGUGUUGUGGUAGUUUUUUGUGUUUUUCAAAUGUUGUCAAUUUUUUGUUUUGCACCAGAUGAGAAUCAGUUGCUCGAGAAUUCAAAACGUUAUACUUCUACAAUUCAGAAUGUUAAUCUAGUAAUGCCUCUUAGAUGAAUAAUCAAACACUUGUGUUUCAUGUGGCUGUAAAGAUUGUACACUCUGUAAUAUAAGAGAAAACCUUUUGUCACUGUUCUGUGGGAUUACAAUUUCUAAAUGUUGUUCUUAAUGUGAUGAGUAUAUAAAUAAAACUGCAUCUGUUGCA